GCCAAACCAGAAUUAGCCGGUAUAGGAAUGGACGAGAGCGGAGAUUCGAAAUCACACCGACUGGAAGCUCAGGUUAGGUUCGGGCACUUCCAAACGUCGCCUUUUUAAAGCCACGAAGCCUGGAGGUCCCGAGCUUCAUGCUUCACGAAACGCUCAGCUGACCCGGCAGCGCGCGCCGGAGGAGCCCGGGAGCCCCGCGCGGAGCGCACCGAGCCUGGCGGAGAGCCGAGCCGCUGGCCCCGGCAGCCCCAGGAUGGUAGGCGACCGCGCAGAUCUCUACGCCCAGCCGCUCGAGGGGCUCCGCGGAAAACUGCAAGUUCGGGGAUCCGAGCCGGGAGCCGAGUGAGGCCACAGCCCCGCGGGCUGCGGGCGAAAAUUUUGGAAAAUGUAUACAAGUCAUGAAGAUAUUGGGUAUGACUUUGAAGAUGACCCCAAAGAUAAGAAGACACUCAAGCCCCACCCAGACAUCGAUGGCGGAUGGGCUUGGAUGAUGGUCCUCUCCUCCUUCUUUGUGCACAUCCUUAUCAUGGGCUCGCAGAUGGCCCUGGGCGUCCUGAACGUGGAGUGGCUGGAGGAGUUCCACCAGAGCCGGGGCCUCACCGCCUGGGUCAGCUCCCUCAGCAUGGGCAUCACCUUGAUUGUGGGACCGUUCAUCGGCUUCUUCAUCAACACGUGCGGGUGCCGCUGGACGGCGAUCGCGGGCGGCGUGGUGCACUCCCUGGGCUGGGUGCUGAGCGCCUACGCCGCCAGCGUGCGCUCGCUCUUCAUUACGUUCGGAGUGACAGCUGGCUUUGGCAGUGGCAUGGCCUACCUCCCGGCGGUCGUCAUGGUGGGCCGCUAUUUCCAGAAGAGACGCGCUCUGGCCCAGGGGCUCAGCACCACCGGGACGGGGUUCGGUACAUUCCUCAUGACCAUGCUCCUAAAGUACCUCUGCACAGAGUACGGAUGGCGGAAUGCGAUGUUUAUCCAAGGCGCCGUGUCCUUAAACCUGUGUGUCUGCGGGGCACUCAUGAGGCCACUGUCCUCUGGGAAAGACAGAAACGACCCAGGAGGGAAAGCCUCACGGGUCCACCCCACGCCCUCCACCGAAUCUGUGAAGUCGAAGGGACACGUGGGCAGCGUGGAUGGGCAGGACGGCGGGCUGGCCCACGAGGAGACCCUCGCCGAUCUUCAAGCCCAGGAGUGCAAAGAGCAGAGUGGGCACAGGGAGAAUCUGUGUGCCUUUCGGGUUCUGAAGAUGGUGAGCCAGCUCACCGUGAGAGUCAAGAAGGGCUUCAGGGACUGGUACUCGGGCUACUUUGGGGCAGCCUCCCUCUUUACCAAUCGAAUGUUUGUAGCCUUUGUUUUCUGGGCGUUGUUUGCCUACAGCAGCUUCGUCAUCCCUUUCAUUCACCUCCCCGAGAUAGUCCACUUGUACAACUUAUCGGAGCAAAACGACGUUUUCUCUCUGACUUCGAUUAUAGCAAUAGUCCACAUCUUUGGGAAAGUGGUCCUGGGGAUCGUGGCAGACCUACCCUGCAUCAGCGUUUGGAAUGUCUUCCUGAUGGCCAACUUCACACUGGUCGUCAGCAUUUUUAUUUUGCCACUGAUGCACACCUAUGCUGGCCUGGCGGUCAUCUGCGCCCUGAUAGGGUUUUCCAGUGGCUAUUUCUCCCUCAUGCCUGUAGUGACUGAAGAUCUGGUCGGGAUCGAACACCUGGCAAACGCCUACGGAAUCAUCAUCUGUGCCAACGGCAUCUCCGCAUUGCUGGGCCCACCCUUCGCAGGGUGGAUCUACGACAUCACACAGAAAUAUGAUUUUUCCUUCUAUAUAUGUGGUUUACUUUACAUGGUUGGAAUCCUCUUUUUACUCAUUCAACCAUGUUUUCGAAUUAUAGAACAAUCCAGAAAAAAAUACAUGGAUGGUGCACAUGUUUAGUAUCACGUAUUGUUUCGAAUGAGAUUUCUUUGUGACACUCACGCCUACCUCCCGGGCUUGCUGUGAGCGGCUACAUCGUAAAGACGUAAGGACGUAACGUGGGAAAGCACUUUAUAAAGUAAUGACGCUGUUAGUAGUAAAUGCUGCUUGGUUCUGAAAGUGGCAUGGCCCUUCCGGUUGGAGAGAAGCAAUGCUGGAAGGUAUGAUUUUAAGGACCAAGUACAUUUUAGAGAUGACAGUGUUCUUCAGAAACCAUCUAUAAAAUAAUUUGUGGACAGGCCCCUACAAAAACUAUUUUCUCUCCUCACCUGCUGGGACUAGGGUUUUGGGUAGAGCUUUUAAAACAAAGACAGGGAAUAAAAGCUUUUCAACCCGACUACUUCUGUUAACGUGGAAAUAAAGUAUCCGUAUGCUUCCGGAGAACAUACAGAUACAUGAGUGUUAAGCACAAGAACAUUGACUAGAUUUCAGAUGUUGAUUGUUGUAGGGAGCUGUUAAACCUACUAGUGUAUUACAAAGGCAGACUCUAAUUUCAAAACUAAGAUAAUUUAGUACAGUUAAAGAAACGCUGUUGGCUUCUGGUGUGAGUGAUGCGUGGUGGCCGAAGCAGGGGGACACAUAGGGGCGCUCAGGCAGGGACCAUGGGGGAAGGUGGCUCCGAGCGGGCUGACGGGGGCAUCGUCAAGAUGGAGGUGGACUGGAGCUCCUGGGCAAGACAAGGCAACGGAGACUAAGAGAAGUUGAGUCACAAGCCCCAAGUUCAUACAGUUAUGAACAUCAUGGAACCAGGAUGCAAACCGAAGCCCAGUAGACUGAUUGUAGGGCCGUUGCUCUCACCCACCACGAAAGCAUUAUUUUCACCUUACAUGCUGUCCAACCUAAUGAGCCACACGGAAAACCUGAAUUCUGAGCACCUGCCCAGGGAAAGGGGGCAACAACUCUUCAUCCAGCUCCGGUUAAGCUCUGCCAAUUGGAGAUGAAGGCCCAGUCUUGUCAACUGUUCCAAUUUGAGAGAGCAGCCAUGAAUAUGGAUUUUUAUAUGAAAUGCCUCUAUAUUUAGAAAUUGGACACUAAUCUGUUUUAAAGUACUAUUUUGGGCCAAUACUAUGUUGAUCAAUCAAAACAUACCUACAGACUAAAGUCAGCCCCUGAACCACCACUUUGGAAUUAAUAGAACGGUAGUAUCCACAAGGAAGAAACAAAUCACUUAACUUCAGAGAAGUACAACUAUUCCUAGAAAUGAGUCUAUGAAGAAAAAAAUCUUCUCUUUACUAAUUUCUUCUGAUAGCCUACUGUGUUAGGCACUGUGGGGAGUGUAAAGAUUACUAGAAAAAACUUUUGCACUCAAAUAACUUACAGGCCAGUAGGAAAAGAGAAAUCCCUGUAUCUGUUGUUCUAGUGACUAUAAUGUAUGGCAUUUAUUUAGGAUGUUGUUAUUACAUUAAAGGUGGUUGAAAAGACUUGCAAACUCAAACACCAAAUGCCUUUUUAGGUGUCAGAUAGGUAGAGGAAGUGUUUAAAACAGAGGGAAUGUUGGAGCUUGUUACUCUAGAUAACAUUAAAAGCAUUUGGAUUCCGUUUUUGUUUUUUUUUUAAUA